UGAAAUUUCAGUAGCAUGUUUGGUCUCCAGGUAUGUGAUGACCACAUUGUCCCUACAGUUAUCUGUUAUAACGAAAGUUUCAAAGGUAAAGUAGUUACUGGUUUGUUUCCACAGGUUCACGGUAUAAAGAAUGUGUCUGUUUUAAACGGGGGACUGUUCAGAUGGAAGAAGGAGGGUUACCCAGUCACAGACAAGGAGGUCAACUCUGAGAACGGUGACGUAACGGUCAGGUUGAACAAAAGCCUGGUAAUGCUGUACGAUGACAUCAAACCCGGAGAUGGCCGACAGUUCGUGGACACUCGACUACCCGACAAUUUUGAUGGCAAAGAGAAAGAACCAUCACAAAUGCAGACAUUCUGCAUGGAUUAUGUCGGACUCAAGUCAGAAGGCCUGACGUUUCAAACCGGACACAUUCCUGGGGCCGUCAACAUCUCUUACCCAGCCCUGUACGAGGACGACACCAUCUCCCUCAAAGGGAAGGACCAACUUCUAGGAUUGUUUCAGUCAGUAGGGGUCAAGAUGAACCAACCCAUGACCUCAACCUGUUACGUGGGUUUCACAGCCUGUACACUCGCCUUGGCUGCCUCUGUGUGUGGGAAGGAUGACGUCAGCGUCUACUGUGGUUCCUGGACGGAGUACGGACAAAGGGCUUCUGCCGUGGAAGUGGAGUGCAAACAGUGAU